AACAGUUUGCGUUUUGCCGUUGACCGAUAAAUACAUCAGCGAGAAAAAAAAAUUAUUUUUAUUUUUACCAAAAUAAAAAGAAAGAUUGAAUGAAUUUUGAUUUAAAAGAGAACGCAAACGAUUGUCAUACAUUAAGAAGUACAACUGAUGAAAACUACAAUGCCACAAAACAAUAUAGAGAAAGGACAUAGCAAUGCUGCAUUUGAAGAUGAAUUCGGCAGAGCAACGGUCAAAAAGAAAGAUGGAAACAACCUUGAGUUGAAAGAAAAAGCUUCUGUUGAAGUAGUGAAAGAUGACAAUUAUGAUCCGUUUAGUCACAGGAAAGUGGAGCAUCCAACAACGAGAUGGGAUACGUUCUUCCAUUUGAUGAAAGGUUCUCUUGGAACCGGAAUUUUCGCUAUGCCAAAUGCUUUCAAUGAUUCUGGAUAUGUUGUUGGAACGAUCGGAACAAUCUUUAUUGGUAUUUUAUGUACAUAUUGCAUACACCAAUUGAUUACUGCCGAAUAUGAGCUGUGUAGAAGAAGAAAAAUUCCUAGCAUGACUUACACUGGAGUAGCGGUAGCAGCAUUGGAAGAUGGCCCGAAAAAUUGCAGAAAGUUCGCAUCGUUGAGCGUUUACGUCAUAAACGCCUUUCUACUCAUUUAUCAAUUGGGAACAUGUUGCGUGUAUGUCGUGUUUGUAUCGUCGAAUAUUAAAGGAAUUGUAGAUUUUUAUACAGACGAACCAGUUGAUAUUCGAUUGAUUAUGGUGAUAAUUUUACUUCCAUUAAUAUUUUUGAAUUGGAUACGAAACUUGAAAUUUCUAGCUCCAUUUAGUACAUUUGCGAAUCUCAUAACAGUCGUCUCGUUCACUCUGAUUCUUUAUUACAUUUUCGAGGAUUCCUUCACGAUCGAUGAUAAACAUGCGUUUGGAGAUGUCAAAAGUUAUCCAUUAUUUUUCGGAACUGUUUUAUUCGCCCUUGAAGCAAUUGGUGUUAUUUUACCCUUGGAGAACGAGAUGAAGAAACCAAAGGCAUUUGGUGGAUCUUUCGGAGUAUUAAAUAAAGCAAUGGUGAUAAUCGUCGCUCUUUAUGUUGGAAUUGGAUUGUUCGGAUACCUCAGAUUUGGCAGUGCUACGUUAGGAUCAAUCACGCUGAAUUUACCUCGACAUGAAAUUAAAGCUCAAGCUGUACAGGGAAUGUUAGCUUUUGCAAUAUUCAUAACUCAUGGUUUGGCUUGUUACGUAGCAAUUGACAUCAUAUGGAACAAAUAUGUUAGUGAAAAAAUAACAAACUACAACACAUUUUGGGAAUAUGUGACGAGAACUGCUCUCGUCUUCGUAACAUUCUUACUCGCCAUUGCCAUUCCAAAUUUGGAAUUGUUCAUUUCAUUAUUUGGAGCAUUAUGCUUGUCUGCGUUAGGAUUAGCUUUUCCAGCUAUUAUAGAAACCUGCACUUAUUGGAACACAACCUCUGGAAUGGAAAAGGCUACUUUAGUGUCAAAGAACGUCAUCAUCUUCAUUAUAGCUAUUGUUGGUCUUGUAAGUGGAACUUACACCAGUAUUAACGAGAUAAUUCACACUUUUUUCAAGUAAAUAGUUUAUAGAUAUUUAAUUUUAAGGAUGUAAUCCAUAGAAAUGUGAUUUUAAACAUUAAAUUGCAUACAAAAUGUUAUUCAUAUACAAAAAUAAAACAGAAAAUUAUUUUUUUAAAACAUUAAAUUAAAAGACACGAUGAGAGUUGACAUAAAAAGACUUUUAAAAGAAAUCUUUAACAUUGUGAAUGUAUAAAGUUGUUAUGAGAUAUCAGCUGGAAACGAGAUUGACUUAAAGUUAAGAAGUUUUCAGCAAAUAAAAAUCAUUAUCAGUACAAUUAAAAAAUGGUUCAAAAUCUUUAUUAUAACUAAUCAUUUAUGAUUCACAAAAUGUGUAUAAUUAUCAAAAUGUUUUUCGUUUUUCGUUUCUAUCAAAACUUCUUCAAAGUCCAGUUCCUUUUUAGAUAUUUAUCUUAAUUUGAUUAAGCAGCACAUAAUCUUAUUGAGCGUACAUGCAAAGUAUCAAAAAUGUUUUUAUUUUAUCAAAUUUGUUUGAAAAAUUAUAAAAGUUUGAUUCGUUUUUAUCGUCAGCAAAAUGCGAGGCUCUUGCGACAUUCUUACACCAAAAAAAAAGCUUAAAAUUCAAUCAAAGUUCAUCAUUUCAAAAAUGGCCUCAAAUAUCUACGAUUAUAAUUUUUAUUAGAAUCAAUCAAAAAAGUAUCUUUUAUUUGCUAUGCAUAAAGUUUUGGCUUUAUAAUGCGUAGAACGCUCAUUCUCACAUUAAUUUUUAAUUCAAGCGCUUCAAAAUCGCUUAUCGAAUACGGUUAGCCCGGUAGCAUAAUUGAUUAUCAAUUAUUAUUGACUUGACGUUGAAUGUCAAUGAAAAUGGCAAUAAAAUUUAUUAUUUAAUGCUUUAUAUCUUUAAAGUUUAAAGCGAAUACUGUUUUACUUUCGACUUUCGUUUGAGAAUGACGUAAUGGAAAGGAUUAAAAGGAUUUUUAAAUUUUGAAACUAUUUCAUAGUUGUUAUCUUAUUAAAAAUGUUGAUUGGAGACAAACACAUCAAUUAAAAUUAUGAGAUUUAGAUAAUCAAUAAAACAAAAGAAACUUACAAGUAUUUUUUUUUUCAUUUUAAAAGUGAAAGUUUUAAAAGUUAAGAAAUUAUUCAUAAUGUGAAAAGAAAUUUUAAAAGAUGAAGAAAUAAAAUAAACUUCUUGAAAUAAUCUUUGUCAAUGUUUUUUGCAAAUAUUUUGGAAAGUCAGUC